AUGCCCUGGUGGAAAGCAGAGUUUCUGAAUGACUUCUUUGUUGCAAUCUUGACUGUUAAGGCUAGUCUUCAGGACCAUGGAGCCGAGAGAGAGAGAGCCUGGAGAAAGAAAGACUUGGCCUUGAAUUCCCCACUCUACCAGUAUCUGCAGGAUCUGGGACACACCGAUUUUGAAGUAUGUUCAGCUGUGUCGCAGAAGGCAGAGCAAUGUGCAGCAGAAGGAGACCAACAGGAGUGGACCACUCAUGCUGCCCAGAAACAAGGCAUCCUGUCAAAGCUAGCUGAGGUCUUUAGAAGUUGGUUUCCUUUUCCACAGUAUAAGAAAAAUGAUGACAUACUUCACCGACUGGAUGUUGGAUUUCGGUGUGACACACUCCGUACCAUCCUGCAGCAGGAAGUUCUGCUGCAGGAGGAUGUGGAACUGAUUGAGUUGCUUGACCCGAGUAUCCUGUCUGCAGGGCAGUGCAGGCAACAGGAAAAUGGACAGCUUCCAACACUGCGCUCCCUAGCAACUCCUAAUAUUUGGGACGUCUCGCUGUUGCUGGCCUUUGUAAGCGCCCUGCUGGUGCUUCCUUCGUGGUGGGAGGACUCGGCGUGGCUGCUGUGGGCGCUGGUGCUGCUCGUCUACGCCACCCUCCGGGUGUGGGGCACAUGGAGGACAGCCAAGCUGCAGAUGGCCCUGCGGAAGCACUGCCUGCAGCUGGAGGAAACGGUGGCAAACAGCCGAGCUUUCACUAAUCUUGUGAGAAAAGCGCUGCGGCUCAUCCAAGAGACUGAAGUCAUUUCCAGAGGAUUUACCCUGGUCAGUGCCGCUUGCCCAUUUAAUAAAGCUGGACAGCAUCCUAGUCAGCACCUCAGCGGUCUCCGGAAAGCUGUUUAUCGAUCCGUCAGAGCCAACUUCCGAGCUUCAAGACUGGCUACUCUGUACAUGCUGAAAAAAUAUCCUUUCUGUAAAAAAGCUAUUUGA